CCCUUCAUCGCCAAGAUCAUGUCGAUCAAACCGGCGGAGGCUGGCAGCGGCUACGACGUCAGGGUGCGAUGGUACUACCGCCCCGACGACCCAGGCAUCCCUGGCGGCCGCCGCCCGUUUCAUGGAGAGAGGGAGCUGUACUUUUCAGACCACGCCGACAUCAUCCACUCCGCCACCAUCCUGGGGCGCUGCCUGGUGCACUCCCUGGACGGAUACCGGGAGCUGAGCAUCAUCCGACCGCAGGACUACUUCAGCCGUUUUUCCUUCUCAGUUGCCACCAAAGCUUUCAACCCAGAGCAGGUCACGGUGUACUGCCUGUGCCGCAUGCCCGAGAACCCAGAUCGGCCUCUGUCGCAGUGCGACUGCUGUUCGGAGUGGUAUCACGCCGAGUGCUGCAGUACCACGGUAGAGCACAUAGAAGCCAGCAGCGUGUGGCACUGCCCCCGCUGC